GGUAGGUGGGGAUUCUGCGCGGGUGGCGGAGUCGCAGUCGCUUCAGCCAGGCUGCGGAGCGGACGGACGCGCCCGGUGCCCCGGGGGAGGAGGAGGCGGAGAGGAGAAGACGCCCUCUCUGCCCGAGACCUCUGGAGGCUCUGACCCCAGGGACCAGGGGACUGACAAGUUCCUCCACCUCGGCUGCCUGAAGAGGCCGCGACCCUGGAGGCCCCUGAGCCCACCGCACCAGGGGGCCCAGCACCACCCGGGUGGCCUAAAGCGACAGUCUCAGGGACCACUGCGAGGUUUCCAGUUGCCUAGACAACGAGCCUGGGGUCAGAGCCACCACCCUUCCAGCCACCUGCUUCCUCUGCUGCCUCAGGCACCAGUCCCAGCCCCGUGAGUCCAGCCCAGGUGACAUGACGGUGCUCUCGACCCCCCGGCCCUCGCGGGUGACCACGCUGAAGCGCACAGCUGUGGUUCUGGCCCUCACGGCCUAUGGAGCCCACAAAAUCUACCCCCUGGUGCGGCAGUGCCUGGCUCCGGCCAGGGGCCCUCAGACGCCGGCUGGGGAGUCCGCGCAGGAGGCCUCCGGGGCCACGGUGGGCGCAGCGGCCAAGGCCGGUGUCAACCGGGUGUUCUUCCAGCGACUCCUGUGGCUCCUGCGGCUGCUCUUCCCCAGGAUCCUGUGCCGGGAGACGGGGCUGCUGGCGCUGCACUCAGCCGCACUGGUGAGCCGGACUUUCCUGUCGGUGUACGUGGCCCGCCUGGACGGCCGGCUGGCCCGCUGCAUCGUGCGCAAGGACCCCCGGGCCUUCGGCUGGCAGCUCCUGCAGUGGCUCCUCAUCGCGCUUCCUGCCACCUUCGUCAACAGUGCCAUCCGCUACCUAGAGGGCCGACUGGCCCUGGCGUUCCGCAGCCGGCUGGUGGCCCACGCCUACAGCCUCUACUUCUCCCAGCAGACGUACUACCGGGUCAGCAACAUGGACGGGCGGCUCCGCAACCCGGACCAGUCCCUGACGGAGGACGUGGUGGCCUUUGCCGCCUCCGUGGCCCACCUCUACUCCAACCUGACCAAGCCGCUCCUGGACGUGGCUGUGACCACCUACACCCUGGUUCGAGUGGCCCGCUCCCGCGGGGCCGGCACAGCCUGGCCCUCGGCCAUCGCUGGCCUUGUGGUGUUCCUCACGGCCAACGUGCUGCGAGCCUUCUCGCCCAAGUUCGGGGAGCUGGUGGCAGAGGAGGCGCGGCGGAAGGGGGAGUUGCGCUACAUGCACUCCCGGGUGGUGGCCAACUCGGAGGAGAUUGCCUUCUAUGGGGGCCACGAGGUGGAGCUGGCCCUGCUGCAGCACUCCUACCAGGACCUGGCUUCGCAGAUCAACCUCAUUCUGCUGGAACGCCUGUGGUACGUCAUGCUGGAGCAGUUCCUCAUGAAGUACGUGUGGAGCGCCUCAGGACUGCUCAUGGUGGCCGUCCCCAUCAUCACCGCCACCGGCUACUCAGAGGCAGACUCGGAGGUGGCGAAGAAGGCGGCCUUGGAGGCGAGGGAGGAGGAGAUGGUGAGCGAGCGCACGGAAGCCUUCACCAUCGCCCGCAACCUCCUCACAGCUGCCGCGGACGCCAUCGAGCGGGUCAUGGUGUCCUACAAGGAGGUGACAGAGUUGGCUGGCUACACAGCCCGGGUCCAUGAGAUGUUCCAGGUGUUUGAAGACGUCCGGCACUGCCGUUUCAAGAGACCCGGGGAGCCAGAGGAGGCUCAGGCAGGGUCCGGGGCCGUGGUGAGGCCCGGUGUCCGUGUGGAGGGGUCCCUGCAGAUCCGAGGCCAAGUGGUGGACGUGGAGCAGGGCAUUGUGUGCGAGAACAUCCCCGUCGUCACGCCCACGGGGGAGGUCGUGGUGGCCAGCCUCAACAUCAGGGUGGAAGAAGGCAUGCACCUGCUCAUCACGGGCCCCAACGGCUGCGGCAAGAGCUCUCUGUUCCGUAUCCUGGGCGGUCUCUGGCCCACCUAUGGUGGCGUGCUCUACAAGCCCCCACCCCAGCGCAUGUUCUACGUCCCCCAGAGGCCCUACAUGUCUGUGGGCUCCUUGCGCGACCAAGUGAUCUACCCGGACUCGGUGGAAGACAUGCGAAGGAAGGGCUUUUCCGAGCAGCACCUGGAGGCCAUCCUGGACAUCGUGCACCUGAACCACAUCCUGCAGCGGGAAGGAGGUUGGGAGGCCGUGUGUGACUGGAAGGACGUUCUGUCCGGGGGCGAGAAGCAGAGAGUUGGCAUGGCCCGCAUGUUCUACCACAGGCCCAAGUACGCCCUCCUGGAUGAAUGUACCAGUGCUGUGAGCAUCGACGUGGAAGGCAAGAUCUUCCAGGCGGCCAAGGAUGCAGGCAUUGCCCUGCUUUCCAUCACCCACCGACCCUCCCUGUGGAAGUACCACACGCACUUACUACAGUUCGACGGGGAGGGAGGCUGGAAGUUUGAGAAGCUGGACUCGGCCGCCCGCCUGAGCCUGACCGAGGAAAGGCAGCGUCUGGAGCAGCAGCUGGCGGGCGGGCCCCGGGUGCGGCACCGCCUCCAGGAGCUCCGCCAGGUCCUGGGCCACGGCCCCGGAGCCCUCCAGGCCGCAGCCACCUGA